CCAAUUGAACCUAAACCUGAACCACAAAAAUAAUGAAAUUUUAUUUUAUUUUUCUAAAUUUGUAUUGAAAUAUGCCGAAAUACUAUAGAUUUAGAGCUACGUCACCCACUCUUAAAUUAAAACGAAGUAAAACGGACAAUGAAAAGGAAGUUUUAGAAAAGAGUAAAGAUAAAAACGGGAGUUGGCUGGAUGUGACGCUGGCUUGCACGACAGCGCCCUCGUGGUACCUCAGGCGAACUUCGUGGCGGGAAAGCCCUCCUCCGAUGGGACUGCCACGGCAACUGGCGGCGAUGCUCCGAACCUCACUAAAAGUGACCAACCGUGCGAUGUACGUCUUUAAAGUUUGAUGUUGCCAGUUGGUGCUAUCAAAAUAAUUUUAAACACGACUAAGAUAAUUUUUACCCAAAGAAUUUUAGUCUCUAGCAUAAAUGAUCAGGGCCUGGGUAACCAUUUUGUAUAUUAAAUUAAUACGUGCGUACAAAAUCCGUUCAUUUUUGUUCAUGUCCUCGGUUUUUAGUAAAUAAACAAUUGUUUUUGUGAAUAAGUUUUGUAAAAAUUAAAUGGCGUAUGAUAGAUAAGGUGCUAAAUCCCGCUAUGAGAUCUGUCAACAUAAAAUGUUUACCAUUGGAUCGGGAUAUUCUUUUUAACAGAAAUAAAUCUCAAAAAAUAAACAACAGAUAAAAAAAUCUAAAACGCAUUUUAUUUAAAAGAUUUCACAAGAUUAAAGGGCAGUUAAAGCUCAUAAUACGAUAGAAAUAGCAGUGGUCUACGACAAAAAAAAUGUUGGGAACCGCUGGUAAAGUUUUUUACCAGGUAAUUCUGUAGGAUAUUUUACAGUCAUGACAAAAAUCUAUUGACACAAAACUUUUAACCGCCCAUAUUCAAUUGACUCGUGUUUACCACAAUGUAACCUUAAAGUUUAGGCAUAUGAUCUGAGAUGAACGAUCUUGCCAAGAUUAGGCUAGAAAAAAUUAUCGGUGUAUCGAUAUCUUUCUUAUUUCGUCUAUUCUAUGCGCCAUACAACGCAAUGUUUUUUGUAAA